AUGUCAUCUCAAAAACCUUUGGUAGUCGUCAGUGGAGCUACUGGUGCUCAAGGAGGAUCUGUUGUCAAUUCUCUCCUUGCAGCAGGAAAAUAUAAAAUCCGCGCUCUUACACGUAGACCUGAAUCUGAUAAAGCAAAAGCCCUUGCUGCAAAGGGUGUCGAAGUCUUCAAAGCUGACCUUGCCAUUAAAGAAGAUGUCAAGAAUGCACUUAAUGAAGAAAGACAAGGUAAAAUGAUUGCCGACGUCGCUAAAGAAGUCGGACUGAAUUGGCUUAUUUAUAGAACUUUGGGUAUUCCCAAAACCACAUUUAUCUACGUUGCUGUCUAUGCUUCGAAUUUUGGUACAUUUUUCCCAAUUAUUACAAAAGAUGAUGGAACAUCUGAAUUUGUUGUUCCAUUGGUCAAAGAAGAUACCACUAUUGAGAUUGUUGACGCUGAAGCCGACACUGGCCCCGUUGUAGCCAAAGUUAUUGAAGAAGGACCAGAAAAGUGGAAUGGAAAGAAAGUUCCUGUUGCUUCAGAACGUAUUUCUUUUGGAAAAAUUGCCGAAGUAAUGACUAAGGUUACUGGAAAACAAUUUAAACUUCGCAGUACCAAUCGCGAAGAAACUAAAAAGGAAUUUUCCUUCUUGGAUAGUGAAGAAUUACUCGAUAUGUUUCGUUGGUAUAAUGACUAUGGAGUUUUUGGAUCCGACAAGGAAACCAGCGACAUUUCGAUUUCUAAAGUUUUACAUCCAAAUAUUACUACUUUUGAACAAUAUGCUUAUAAAAAAUGGGGCAAUAAAUAA